CGCGAGAGGUUCAUCAGCAGGCUGCUAGCGUCUCUCGUCUGGUCUCAAUCUUGUUAUCGAGCAAAAAGAAGAAGAAGAAAAAAGACGACGAAGCCUGACGGGACGCCAUCACGCCGCUAUGCGUCCCGCACCCCCGCGGCGUUCCUCACGUUAGGGGUCGGCCCAUCUGACGGACGCCUGAGCCCGGCUGUGAUUUGCAGGAUGUGGCCUCACACACGUCGCCACGCUGUCGCCGCCUGACCGUUGCGAGGAAACACGGAUGUCGUGGGGAUCAUGUAGCUAGACACCGUGGGCUCCCAUGAUGCAUCGCGGCGCAUGAGCGGCGGGUUCGCCACUGGCCUGUAAGCGAUCGGACACGCCUGCGGCGUUUCCCGCGUCCGGGCUGAUCUGAUUCGGCGUUGUCGGCAGGAGGAUGAACGGCUCGCUUUUGACUCCGCCCAGCCCGCGGGCCACAAACUCCUCUCCCUUGCCCCCGUCGCCCUCCCCGUCGCCCUCCCCGCCGUCACCCUCUCUGCUGCCCCUGUCCCCCCGGCCGCCGCCCCUCCCGCCCCUGAUGAGCCCGCCGCCGCCGCCGGCCCACCCCUCCUCCUCGCUUUCGGACACGCCCACGCCCUCACCCUCGCCCUGCCUCAGCUGGACUGAAUUCUGCGAGCUUCACGCCCGUGUGGCGGCCGCCGACUUUGCGCGCCACUUCCGGGCGUUCCUCUUGGAGAACCCGCACUACUCGCCCGACUCUGCCGCCGCCUUCUGCUGCCGCUUCACCGAUCGCUUCGUGCGCCACUUCCAGAGCGAACUGGAGGGGGCGCAGCCACGCGGCGGCGCCUCCGGCGGGGAGGACCCGAUGGGCUGGGCUCCCCGGUCGGACGCCAACUCCCUGGAAGAAGAGGCCGUCUCCCCCUUGUCGGCGUCCGGGGGGGCUGUCCCGCCCUGCCCCGCCGCUAACACGUCGCGGCCCACCUCCAAACUGGCGCCCGCGCGCCUCCUGGUGGACGGCCGCAUCGGCGACAGAUUUCAAGAUCCCUACGCCCACAGCCAGGUCCUACCUCCCUCUUCGUCGUCCUCCUGCUGCUCUUCCGUGGGCGGCAACAACGGCAGGCGGGACGACAGGCUCGGGGCCGCGGCGGGCGGGAACGGGGACGCGCCUGUCGAGGAAGAGGAGGACAGCUGGCUGGGGGCGGAGGCGGAGCCGGAUGAGCGGGGAGCAGAGAGCGGCGAGGCGGACUGCCCCGACGCCUCGCGCACGCCCCCGCCCGGCUCUAAAUGCGGUGGUUCCGGCUCUAAAAAUAAAGUGAAGAAGCGCUUCUCGCUACGCAGCGUGGGGCGCAGCGUGCGUGGGAGCGUGCGCGGCAUCCUGCACUGGCGAAGCUCGUCCAGCGACUCUGUGCCAAGCCCGCUGCCCGCCAGCUACAGCUACACCGUGGGCAUGCAGGACGCCGCUCUGGCCCGGAACGCCACCACCCAGCCUCCGACGCCCACCUCCUCCAUGCCCGUUUCUCUCUCCAUGCCCCUGUCCCUACCCCAUUCGUCCUCGUCCUCCCUGCCCCCCUCGUCGUCCAGCAGCGCCACCUCUCUGUCGCUCUCAGACGCUGCCCGGGACCGCCGGCGGAGCAACGGCGAAGGCGGCGAGAAGGACAAGUGGAGCCACCGUCUGGAAAAAUUGCGACUGACACGUUCCCCGCCCCCCGUUCUCACCCAUAGCGCCGGCUCCUCCGUGCUGGUGCCCAGCAACGCCGCCGGCGUGGCGCCACCCGGGAAGGUGAGACGGCUGGUUCGGGAAGGCGGGGUGAGCGUCAGUUCAUCCAACGACGAGCUGAGCGGAGGUCACGGCUUCUCGGGCUUCUCCUUCGCUCUCCCGCUUCACGGCCCCGACAACAACAACGCGGCGGGCGCCGCCAACGUUCCCUGGAGGGGCGGACGCUGGCACAAGUGUCGUCUGGUCUUCCGAGAGCGGGAACGAGAAGGCGAUCGAGGCGAGGAGUACUACUUGGAAUUCUUCAUUCCGCCCAAGGCGUCCAAACCGCGGCGGACAGUGGCGUGCGGCGCCAUUGUGAAUGUGAGGAGCACGACAGCGCUGGAGGUCCCCGACAAGGAGAACAGCUUCCUGCUGCAGCUUGAGGGCGCCGUCCAGUAUGUGAUCGAGACGCGGGACGCCGUCCAGAUGAGGGCGUGGCUCAGCGACAUCCGCAACGGCGUCUGUCUCAGCAGGCGGGAAGAUCCCGACGGCGGCGGCCCGCCGGACAUCAGCGGCACGCCGGAGAUCGUCGAGCGUCUGUCGCAAGCGUGUUACGGCGGUGUCGCGGGCUCCCCCCCUCUGAUGGAGCCUCUCCCCCCCGAAUUGCCGCCCCGAGCCCCGCUGGACGAAUCCGAUGCGCGCAUUCUCGGGGGAGGCGGGGCUAGCCUGGGUACGCCGUUUGCCGAGACGCCGGACGCUACAGGCUCCUUCCUGUUCUCUGAGGUGAUGCCGGGCGAGGCUCUGGAGCACCCGCUCAGCGAGUGCCAGUGGUUCCACGGCACCCUGUCGCGCCUCAAAGCCGCCCAGCUGGUGCUGGCGGGCGGGCCGGCAAGCCACGGCGUCUUUCUGGUACGGCAGAGCGAGACGCGGCGUGGCGAGUACGUUCUCACCUUCAACUUCCAGGGAAAGGCCAAGCACCUGCGUCUGUCUCUGAACGAGGACGGCCAGUGCCGCGUGCAGCACCUUUGGUUCCAGUCCAUCUUCGACAUGCUGGAGCACUUCCGCGUGCACCCCAUCCCGCUGGAGUCGGGCGGCGCCUCCGACGUCACGCUCGUCAGCUUCGUGGGCGCCGCCGCCAUCCGCCAGCCGGGCCGCGACAGGGCGGGUAGCCGGCCCACCGUCUGUGAUGUCAUCACCACGCGCCAUCCCGACUCUCCAUCAACACCCAUCUCUGACUGUGUACUUGACCAGCAGACCCCGUAGCCCCCCGCAGCCGCCUCCCUUGCCGCCGGGACGCCCGCCGCCCCCGACUCCGCCACAGGAGCGUGGACGAGAGACCGACCCAGAGGCGA